AUGCCAGGAUCUGUGCUGACGCACACGAGGUUCUCAGCUUUCGUCGAGGCCCAGAACAAGAUUACUGUGCCAUUCCUUGAGCAAUGUCCUAUCAGAGGUUUAUACAAAGAGAGAAUGACUGAACUGUAUGACUAUCCCAAGUAUAGUUGCCACUUCAAGAAAGGAAAACGGUAUUUCUAUUUUUACAAUACGGGUUUGCAGAAUCAACGAGUAUUAUAUGUACAGGAUUCCUUAGAAGGUGAAGCCAGAGUGUUCCUCGACCCCAACAUACUGUCUGAUGAUGGCACGGUGGCGCUCCGAGGCUAUGCCUUCAGUGAAGACGGGGAGUAUUUCGCCUAUGGUCUGAGUGCCAGUGGCUCAGACUGGGUGACGAUCAAGUUCAUGAAGGUUGAUGGUGCCAGAGAGCUUCCAGAUGUGCUCGAGAGAGUCAAGUUCAGCUGUAUGGCAUGGACCCAUGACGGGAAAGGGAUGUUCUAUAACUCCUAUCCCCAACAGGAUGGAAAAAGUGACGGUACAGAGACAUCCACCAAUCUCCAUCAAAAGCUCUGUUACCAUGUGUUGGGAACUGAUCAGUCAGAAGAUAUUUUGUGUGCUGAGUUUCCUGAUGAGCCUAAGUGGAUGGGUGGAGCUGAGUCAGUCAUUACAUGUGGGAAGACCCUGAAAGGAUUUGUGGCCUUGGGAGAGGCGGUUCUCUCCGACCCGGGGACAGGCCUGGCGGUUCUCAGCCGAGCACUGCCCGCUCCUGGCACCCGGCAGACCACAGCGGCCACUGCGUAUGCUGCCGUCCAGUGGCAGGCUGGACGCUUGAGAGUGAAUAUCGGUAGCUCGCAGGUGUGUCAGCGUAGUUCUGGGAACCAGAUAGCUACGCCCCCGUAG